AGCUCACAAGCAUUCACAGAGCGUGGAACCUUACCCACUCUGGGGUGGACAUCUUCCUCGAGGUGGUCAAAAACAGCCCAUGAGUGAGCGGCGGAAGGGUGCAGCGGAGUGCGAACUUCUGCCACUCCCGAUCCGUUCCCCGCACUUUCAGUCAUCUCGCAUCUCGCAUCUGAUCCAAGGGGGCAAACCUUCCUGCCGUUCCGAUUUCCACUCCUUCAGGCUGUCCCUUCCACACUUCCGCACUUGAGGGUCCGUAUGUUCCAAAGACUGGGAGGUGGUGCAUUGGCCCAUCGAGUUCGCAGACCAGUCAUCAGCAGCGGCAUUGAUACAGCCGGCAGACGUACUGCAGCUGUCCCUCGCAGCAGCUCAAGGGCGAUGGUUACUACUCCCUCCGGGGGCAGUGACAAUGUUCACUUUGCACAAUUCGAUGUGACCGAUCAGGUCUUCCUGCGUACGGAACAUGUGGUGGGCAUCGUGAACCUCAAGCCCAUCGUACCCUUCCACGUCCUCCUCAUCCCUCCCUCUCCGAGCAUUACCCGCCUCUCCCUCCUCCCCACCGCCUCCCUGGCCCCCUUCUUCCGAGCAGUCCAGCUCGUCACCUCCCGUCUGGAAGAGGUGACGGGCGCGAGCAGCUCCAAUGUUGCCAUUCAGGACGGCAAGGAGGCGGGACAGAGCGUUGCGCAUUUGCACGUGCAUGUCUUGCCCCGGAAAAGGGGGGAUGAGUAUGCGGGAUCUGAUGAGAUCUACGACCGCCUAGAGUCCUUUGGCUUCAAUCUCUCCGCUCUUCAAACCAAGCACGCAGCAGCAGCAGCAGCCUUGGAUUCGCACUCAACUUCGCAAACAAGAAGCAUCAAGCCAGACGCCGACGAAGACCGUCGCCCACGUAGCAGAGAGGAGAUGAAGGCAGAAGCCGACUGGCUCAGAAAGGUAUUCAAGGAUGUAGACUUUAGACUUUAGCCUCUAAUGGGAUAAGAUUGUAUAACAAGGAUAUGUAGUACAGGUGACAUCGAGGGGCGAGUGAAGGAGCAAUGGAUUCAUCCAGCGAGAGGAAUUGCCAAUACCAACGAGCAGCCCAACAGCCCUCUCAAUAUGCUGAACAGACCAUGCCGCUCACUUCUGCUCCACCUGCUCUGUAGAGGGUGAAGCUGUCAUUGGAGCAGUGGCUUCAGUGACCUCUAGUGAUUGUUCAGGAGCAGCUGCAGGCGGAGCUAUUUGAGAUGGGAGAGGCGGCGGCGGUGCUCCUGCACCAGCCGCCCCGUUGACAACGCCAUUGGCCCCCGCUGUACCGUUGAUGCUGCUCUGUAUACCCGUCCCACCGCCCUGCGUCUGCACCAUUGCCACUACUUCAGCCAGAGCAGUCAAUUGGUUCGAGUCCAACCUACCCAAAACCAAGCUCAGGUGCACCAAUUG